CGCAGGUUUUAUGUGGCAGAUACUGUUGUUUGUUCUUGUUCAGAAUCAGGUAGUUAAUAACUUUUGACUGUAUGGUCCUUGACUUCCAAUGCUGAGAUGCCGUAUGAUCCUGUGAUCAGUUGGCAAAGUACUAAUUUAAAAAAAAAAAAAAAUCCUUCUACCUUCUUAACAAGCCUACCGUGACAUCCACCCAGGCCUCAUUUCUUUCUCCCUUACAUUCCUCCUUCAUUAUUUACCUGCGGAAAUUUGCCCCUGAGAAGGCAUGUAUUUCAAUUUAGAGGCAAUGUCUGAUAUGAAAUAAUGAAGCUAAUUGAUUCAUUUGAAGUUGAAACUUGCAACUCUUUCCCAGUUAGCACCAUCCUUUAACCUAUGGAAUAAGGGAAAAUAUACUAGAGUAGCAACUCUCCAAGUGGUUUUAAACUCUUCUGCCCUCAUUUCAAAGCCCAACUCAUUCUCCCAUUUUGUUGAAGAGCAUAUUGACACUUGAGUAAGACUGCCUUAGAAAUGUUAUCAAGUCAGGGUUGGGUGUUCCCUGUCCUUUGGAAAAGAAAGGCCUAAACAAUACCCUCCACAUUCUCUAGCUACAAGGAAGGCAUCAUGAUUGAGAUUAGAGAGGCUUCCUUAGCUAAUUUUUAAUGAAAUGUAAAUUAAACUAAAUACAUAGCAAAAGGAUGGAGUAAAAAGAAACUUUUUUAAAGGAGGUUUUUCACAUAAACUUUGUUUCUUGAAUAAAAUGUGAUUCAGACAAUAAAAUUGGGAAGUCAGUGGGAGAAACAGCUGUAGAAUUAAAUUUUGAGCCUUGUUACUGGGUUUUGUGCACAUUCUUUAAUUUCUUUUUUAUGUAAGACGUGAGAAAUAAUACCUCACUAUUUUUCUGAAGAUCAAAUAAAGGCUUUAAAGCCUUGAGCAGUGUCUGGUUCAGGUUAGGUGCUUAAUAAAUGGCAGGUAUAUCAAUAAUAGAAAUGUAAUAUUGAAAAAUUUGCCAGGCCAAAAAAAAAGAAAAGGACACGGGGAGCACAGAGGAGGGCAAUAAUAAAAGGAUUGUAUGCGUAUGUAAAGUACAUUGCAUUAGGCAGGGGUGUCAUGAGGAUUAGUGUGAUAGUGACUUUGUUGCUAAGUGCAGAAGAAAAACAAUGACAAAAACAAGAAGUACAUUAGGGCUAGGCACUCGGUGGAGAAGAGAGAUGGAGGCAGAUGCUGCAGGGGAAAAAAACCGAGUAAAAGGGGCCUUUGAUUCCAUGGGCACAGAAAUCCACAGCCAGGAAUUUGCUGCAACCUCUGAGUCAGGCAGGGGGUGGGGGUGGGGUACACUAUUCCAUUAGUAGAGAAUUCCCCGAGGAUUUAUUCUGAGAGUCACAUUGCUUACUAGGACCAGUGUAGACAGAAACAAACUCCGCUCACUUACUUCUUGGGACAGUUGAGUUAGGGGAUGGCUUUUGCAGAGCAUUCACCGCUGACCCCUCACCGCCGGGACCUCUGUAGCCAUUCUAUCUGGCUAGCAAGGAAGAUUCGUUCAGACCUGACUGCUCUUAUGGAAUCUUAUGUGAAGCAUCAAGGCCUGAACGAGGACAUCAGCCUGGAUUCCGUGGGCGGUGUGCCGGUGGCAAGCACCGAUCGGUGGAGUGAGCUGACUGAGGCUGAGCGACUCCAAGAGAACCUCCAAGCUUACCGUACCUUCCACGCUAUGUUGACCAGGCUUUUAGAAGACCAACGGGUGCAUUUCACUCCUGCGGAAGGUGACUUCCAUCAAGCAAUACGCACGCUUCUACUCCAAGUUGCUGCCUUUGCUUACCAGCUGGAGGAAUUAAUGGCGCUCCUGGAACACAAGAUCCCCGCCAGUGAGGCUGACGGGGUGCCCAUUAUUGUUGGAGACGGUGGUCUCUUUGAAAAAAAGCUGUGGGGCCUGAAGGUGCUGCAGGAGCUUUCAAAGUGGACAGUGAGGUCCAUCCAUGACCUUCGCAUUGUUUCUUCUCAUCAGACUGGGAUCUCAGCACACGGAAGCCACUAUAUUGCUAAGGACAAGAAACCGUAGCAGUUACCCAUGUCUUUUAGUGGAAUAUGUGUAGUUCUCUGAGGUCUCACUCUUCUAUUCUUAAGUUUUUGAAAAUCUUUAAAACCACAGGCAUUUUCAUCAAGUAGGGUUGGAGACCAGGACAAAUGGGCAUACGGGGUCAGUUGGUGGUAAGGUGGGGACGGGGUUUGUUGGGGCCAUAAGGGAGUGGUGGCUGGGGCAGCACUCUCCGCCUCACUGCUCUAACGUUUUCUAGCCUUGAAGUAACCUCUGCAGACACUUAACAGCCUCACAAGAUAAGUAAGUUUUUAACCCUAGUCCUGGAAGUUUCGUCUGAGAGGACUGUAACAGGGAAUUAAAAACCAUGGACUGUAGUCAAUUCAAACUCUUGGAUAAUAAAAACUGUAACUAACA